AUGAAUUUACCAAAGGGCCCUGAUUCGCUGUGCUUCGACAAGGACAUUUUCAUGAAGGAUGACUUUGACGUGGAUCAGUUCGUGGCUGACUGUCGGAAGCAGGUGCAGCUGGAGGAGAUGCGAGAGGACCUGGAGCUCUACUACAAACUGCUCAAAACAGCAAUGGUGGAGCUUAUCAACAAGGAUUACGCUGAUUUUGUCAACCUCUCCACCAAUCUGGUGGGGAUGGACAAAGCCCUCAAUCAACUAUCUGUGCCACUCGGACAGCUAAGAGAGGAGGUCAUGAGCCUUCGGUCGUGCGUAAGUGUGGUUAUACAAUCCAUAGAUUCGCAGCUGUCGAAACAGGAAGACCUGCAGAAGAAAAAGGUUUGCGUCAUGAGGUUGAUCCAGGUAGUGCGCUCGGUGGAGAAGAUUGAGAAAAUUCUUAAUUCGCAAAACCCCAAAGAGUCCAACUCAUUGGAAGUCAGCAGACCCUUGUUAGCUGGUCAAAUCUUGGAGAGGAUUGCCACAGAGUUCAACCAGCUUCAAUUUCAUGCCAUGCAGAGCAAAGGCAUGCCCCUGCUGGACAAAGUCCGACCCCGCAUCGCUGGCAUCACCUCCAUGCUACAGCAGUCCCUGGAGGGUCUGCUUAUCGAGGGUCUGCAGACAUCCAAUGUGGAGAUGGUGCGCCACUGCCUGAGGACGUAUGCCACCAUCGACAAGACGCGAGACGCCGAGGCUCUGGUGGGACAAGUGCUGGUCAAACCCUUCAUGGAUCAGGUUAUUGUAGAGGAGACAGUCAAGUCCAGUCCAAAUGGUCUACAGGUGAUGUAUUCCAGGCUGCUGGAGUUUGUUCCUCAUCACUGCAGACUCCUGAGAGAAGUGACUGGAGGAGCCAUAUCCAGUGACAAAGCCGACAUCGUUCCUGGCUACGACUUCCUCGUCAACUCUGUGUGGCCUGAGAUGGUUAAAGGCAUUGAGGAGAGACUGUCUUACCUCUUCAACCCAGGAAAUCCGGACAUUUUCUACGAGCAUUACAGCACCAGCACUGACUUUGUGCGGCGGUUCGAGCGGCAGUGCAGCUCACAGGCCAGCGUCAAGCGGCUCAGAGCGCACCCGUCGUAUGUCGGCUUCCAAAAUAAAUGGAACCUGCCUGUGUAUUUUCAACUCAGGUAUAAGGAAAUAGCAGGAUGCCUGGAAAACGCCAUCGGUGAUGGUUUAGAGGCAGCGCCUGCGGGGAGCGCGUACCAUCUUCAGGCAUCGUUGUCAUUGCGGUCUUGCGUGGGACGCUGCUGGUCCGAUAAAGUCUACUUGCCACCGCUUGCACAUCGCUUCUGGAAGCUUACGUUGCAGCUGUACUCGCGAUACGGAACCUUCCUGGAAGAGGUGCUGACCAAGACGGUUUCGACAGAGGCGAGCAAAGAGCCCGCCCGCCCCCUGCCCAGCUCGGCAUCGUCCACAUCCAGUAGGGCGUCGCUAGAGGAGACGGGCAGCGACAGUGGUGGUCUCUCCUCGCUCUCUACCAUACAGCUUGUACACAUAGCCGCCGACGUCCAAAAACUCCAAGAGCAAUUACCAGAGGUUUCUGAAAUGGUCAGACAGCAUUUAGAAGCUCUCGGGUUUACAAACUUUGUCAUUGUGGAAGAGGCUUUAGCGGAUUCCAAGGCAGGUUUGUCCAGCAGCAUCCCUGCCCUCAACGAGCGCAUGACCCAUCACCUGAGCGAGCGCAGCUGCCGCUUCCUGAAGAGCGCGUCAGAGGUGCCGCGACUCUAUCGCAGGACCAAUAAGGAAGCGCCUGUGCGAGCGUCAGUGUACAUGGACAAUGCCCUGCGGCCAUUGCAUCAGCUGCUGAGCGACUCAACAGGCUUGGUGGACGAGGCGACGGUGCGCCAUUGGCUGAAGGUGACUCUUUCAGAAUGCACACAGAGGUACUACGAGACCAUUUCCGAGGUUUUGAGUUCUGUGAGGAAGAUGGAGGAGAGUCUGAAGCGACUGAAGCAAGCCAGGAAAGGAGCCGCCAGCAGUACCGGCACCGGCAGCAGCACGGCCGGAGCCAACAGUGCCCCGUCGGACGACGCCAAGAUCAGACUCCAGCUAGCUCUGGAUGUUGAGUACCUGGGGGAACAGAUUGAGAAGAUGGGCCUCGAUCCGGCAGACAUCUCCAAGUUCUCCCCUCUUAUGGAGCUUGUGAAAGAGGCCCGAGAGCUUGCAGAACACAACAACCCGUGA